AUGAAGUCGAAACCCGUAAAACAUAAAACAACUAACACAUUUCGGUUUAUUCCAUUUGCGGAACGAAUAAAUUUAAUAGAUAUCCGCCAUGCUGCGUUAUAUCACAUCGAACAUGCUUAUUCAGGCCAUCCAGAGGAAAAUGAAACUCACUUCCACUUGGCUUUACAAAAAUGGAACGUUCUUAACUUAACGGAAAACUUUAAAAAGUUUAAAAAAGAAAUCCAUGGCGUUGUUACCAUAGAACAGUUAAUACAUAAGAAAGAAGAAGUAUUAAAUGCUGUUGAGAAAUAUUUGAAUUUAGAAGACCAAUUGUGCUUGCAGCCAUUACUAGAGAUUUUAGUUUCUUUAGCAAAAGAUUUAAGACAUGACUUCUAUCCACAUUUUCCAAAGUUUCUUGAUAUUCUUAUAAAAUUGUUAAACACAAAAGAUCCUGAAAGACUAGAGUGGACAUUAAUAUGUUUGGCAUUUUUAUUUAAAAUAUUAAAACCAUAUUUGAAGAAAGAUCUAGAAAGUGUACUUAAAAGGAUUGUACCAUUAUUGAGUGAGAAUCAACCUCAAUAUAUUAAUAAUUUUGCUGCAGAAAGUUUUGCAUUUGUCGCAAGAGAUAUAAGAGACAAGAAUAAAUUUCUACAGCAUACUUUAAAUUACCUGGUUACAAAUGAUCAUGCAAUUACGGGUACAGGACAUUUGAUAUUUGAAAUUUGCAAAGGUGUUGCUAAUAAAUUUCAUAGCUGUGCUGAAGCAUUUUUUCCACUUCUCCUACAGUAUUUAAAAGAUAACAUUGAACAUCAAGAAAUAUUGUUUAAAGUGCUAACUCAAACAAUCGAAGAUGCUCUCCAUGGCAUUUCAUGUAAAGAAUUUUCAAUAUUCUGGACUCCUGUUAUGAAAUUUAUAGAAGAUAAUUUCAAAGAAGAUAAUAAUAUUAACAGAUGUUUGGAGUUUGUGUUAAAAUUAGCAGGACAAGUGAUAGAACAUCAAAAAGGAAAAUUCCUUAUUAAUCCUCAACAAUUUGCAAUAGUACUUGUUAAAGUUAUUUGUGAAGAAAAAACGGAAAGAGUUUUAGAAGUUUGCGCUCAGAUUGGUGCAUUAUUACUACUGUCUUCGAAUAUACUUUUAUCACAAGAACAUGCCGGAAUAAUUAUAAAAUCACUAGUGCCCUUACCGUUCCCGAAGAUUCUUAUUAAUUUCGUCGAAAACGUUGUCGAUUAUUCACAAUUUGAUUUACACAUACUUCCACCGUUCUUAAACUUUGUUGUCCAAUCAAAUUUUAAUAAUGAAUCUAUGUGUACUUUAUCAAAAAUAUGCUUAACAAAAUCACCAUUAUCUAAAAAUGGUAUGAAAUUAUUCGAAUGGGUUAAAUAUCCGAUAAACUUUGGAAAAGGACUGCCGUUAUUUAUGGAAUAUGCACAAAACGUUCUUGAAAGUGACGUUGAAAGUCAUAUUGAAAAUCCUGAUAAAUUAAUGAGUGUUUUAUUUUGUUUACCUCAUAUUGAAAAAUUGAAUGUUGAAAUAUGCAUUAAGAAGAUAAGUGAAGUCAUUUACUGUCUCCUAGAUAUACUGGAUGAUAAAAAUCUGGAAGCAAAUAAAGAGAAAAAUAAAAUACAAUUUGAUAAUAGUGGUACCGCGAAACAAUCAAGAAAAGUUUUAUUUAUAUUAGCAAAUGCUAUCGAAUGUGUUAUACAUAUAUCCAGUUGUAAAAUGACGAAGAACAUUUGUGAUAUUGAUAAAUUUUUGCCAGUGAUUGUACCAUUCGCAGCGGAUCCUAAUUAUUUAACAGCAUUGCAACUUCUUGAUUUACAUCUAACAGCAUAUGAACAAGAAAAUGGAUUAACAUAUGCAUUUUUAUCAUUAAUCGAUUCAUAUCUUAGACCCAAUGUAUCAUCUCCAUUUCACAUUGUUCGUUUAUUAACAACACAUAUUUAUAAAUUGUUCGAAAAUGUUGAAGAAUUAAAUAAAUCAGUACAAAUAGGUGAUAAAGUAGAAAAAUUCUCUAUAUUUAGUAAAUGUUUUGAAGUUGAAUCAAUAUCACCAUCUAUACAAGAAUAUAGAACACAAAUAAAUAUAUUACAGAAAAUGUCAUUUAAUACAACACAAUAUGUGAUUGCAAAGGAUACUGAAUACCAUCAUUUUGUAUUAAAAUAUAUGCUCGGAGUUUUGUAUAAUAAUUUCAAAUUACUUUGGGAGCCGGUUAUUGAAUUUAUCGCGAGUUUCGGGAAUGCAUUAACAGUUGAAGAGUUUUGGCCUAUAUUCUAUGAAACUCUUGAAUUUUCUUUCGCAAACGCUAAAAUUAAUUUAUCUAUUUUUCAAUUUGAUGAUGAAAUUAAUACGACAUUUGAACCUUUAAAAGAUUUAUACAUAUCUUAUAAUAAUAUACAUGAAAAUCCUGAUUUAUAUAAUUAUAGGAGUUUGAUUUUAAAAACGAUGACAUUUUGUAUACAAGCGUGUGAAGCUAGAAAUAGAGAUGUCGUUGGUAUUUUCUUAAGAUUCAUUGAAGAUGGUUAUAAAAAGAAUAACAAUACAAAUGCACUUAAAGUUGAUAUAGAAAUUCAUGACAAAUCUCCAAUGGAAAUUGAUGAAAACGAAGAAACAGACGAUAUAGAAAUGAAUUUAGAAAAAUUAGACGAUGAUAAAACAAAAAAUUCAGAAUCUGGCAAAAUUAUAUUCAAAACAUUAAUUAAUAUAAUGCAAGUGUUAGCACAAUUUAAAAAUCCUCGAGCAUUGUACAAAGAAUCAGUAUUUUGGGAGCUUUAUAUGGAAUUCUUAAAACAUAAAAAUCCUGGUCUCCAAAAAUUUGCAUUGGAUUGCGUUUUAAAUUAUAAAAACAAAAAUAUUCUACCAUACAAACAAAAUUUAUACAAUCUUGUUGAUGAUAAAAAGUUUAAAGAUGAAUUAACGCUUUUUAAAAUUACAGAAGAUUCUAAAAACAUUCAACCUGAAGACAGAGAACAUGUUUUACCAAUUGUAUUAAGAAUUCUGUACGGUAAAAUGACGUCCAAAUUAGGUGCGGACAAAAAAGGUGGAGGUCAAACAAAAAGAUCUUUAGUUAUGAGAUAUUUAAGUGGAUGCAAAGAGAAUGAAUUGAAAAUGUUUAUAGAAAUGGCAUUUUCAUAUUUUAAACAAUAUUUUCCGAUGAGUCCUAAAGAUAUUUAUGUUACUGUUUUGAUGAAUUUAGAUCUAAAAUCUGUUACUUAUCCUGGUAAACUCCACAGUGUACUUAAUUUGUUUGACGUAGUGCGUGAAUACUUUGGAGGAUCAAUGGAUGAUGCAUUACUUGGUCAACUUUUUAAAGUGUACAUCGCAGUUUGUUCUCAAAUUGCGAGUGUCUUGAACCAUGUUGACAAAGUACAUAUUGGUUAUAUAAAAGUUAUGAAAAACCUCAGAGCUAUAGCUCUUGGUAUUCUCGGGAAAUUGUUCGAUCAAUUCGAUAAAUAUCCUUGGAAUAAAGAAGAAUUAUAUGUAUUAUACGAAACACUUAUUUGGCCAUUGACCCCAAAACUUCAUAUUGAAGGCAUUCAUAGCCCUACAUCUUUGUUAAAAUUAUUUAACACGUGGUGUCAGAAUCCAAGAUAUUAUAUUCUUCUUGUUACGUGUUCUGAUGCUACUAAUUUAAGUGUUUUGCCGGCCAUAUUUAAAUUGCUGUUAGCACCUAAAACUAAUCCAGCUGUAGUUAAUUUAAUUUUGGAUAUGAUAGAAAAAUUAUUAACAUUAACAGAAGAGGAAGAUGAAAAUGAAAUAACGCCUAUUGAAACGUUUAAAUCAUUAGAUGUUUGUAGUAACUUUGCAAGUGAAGUGAAUUUUGGAAGUAAAAUUUUGGUGCCACAUUUACCAAGUAUUUUAGAAGUCAUGAAAAGACGUGUUGCGAAUAGUGCCAAAUCGAAUACAGUAAACAAAAGAGAUCUUUUAAUCCUAUCAAGAGUAACAGAAAUGGUGACAACACCAGAAAUGUGUAAUGAUUUAUUAAGCCUUUUACUACCGAUUUUGGUUAAAAAAGUUUGUAUGAAUAUGGCUGAAGAAAAUAUGGAAUACGCUGUGAGCAUAAUUAUAAAUCUUUUAGGGCAUAGUGCGAAUCCCCAAAGAUAUAUUAAAAAUAUAGCUGUCUUAUUUAACAAAGUUAGUCCUGUUGAAGUUAGGAAACUUUUGCUAAAGUUACUCGUUUCUAUAGCGGAAAAUGUAAAUGAAAAUAAAGAAGUAUUUAUUAAAAUGGCUAACGUAAUAACAGAAAUGAAUGCGUUUAACAAAAGAUGGAUAGAACAGCCAGAUUUUGAUAGAAGAUUAGAUGCUUACAAGGAAAUAUACAGAAUGGCAGACAACAAUGAAAUUAAUGUGGACCUUGCCAUACUUAUUAUAAAUAAUUGUUUCUAUUUUAUACGCACAGAGAAAGAUAUUGGACUUCGUGAUAGUGCAGGAUUAUGUUUAAAGAAAAUACUUCCUAAAUUGCUACUUAAAUAUAGAUCAGCUGCCGAUGGUCAAUUUUUAGUACGAGACACUGUUUUAGCGCUCAUUUCUACUGGAAUAAGAGAUAAUAAAAAUGAGAAUUUACGUACAGAAUCAAUUUCAUUGUUAGGAGAAUUAGCAAGAGAAUGUCCAGAAGCAGAUGUAGUUUUAUCUGAUUUAAGCUAUUUGAUAAAUAAAGAAGAUUUGGAAGUUGAUUUCUUUGAAAAUAUCUGUCAUUUGCAAUUACAUAGACGUGUUAGAGCUUUACUAAGAUUUAGUAAAAUAGCUAAAAAAAUGAUCAAAUGUCCCACACCAAGAACAUUAACAAACUUCAUUUUACCUUUAGCGUCUGUAUACAUAUGCGAUGAUAAAUAUUCAGACAAAAAUUCUUUAAUCGAUGCAUGCAUCGAUGUAAUUUCAACUUGCUGUAGAUUAUUACCAUGGUAUCAUUAUGAGGUUAUUCUCAAAUUAUAUUUGAAUAAAAUGAGACAUUCUACAGAACAUCAGAAACAAUUGACACGUAUUUUGGUUGGAAUAAUCGAUGCUUUUCAUUUCGAUUUUUCUAAAAUCAAAAAUAUCGAAUUACCUAAAACAUGGCUUACAAAUAUGACUAAAAAAAUAAAAGACAAUGGAGAAAAAGUUGAAACACUUACGACUAAUGAUAAUGCAGAUGAAGAUAAUGAAACAAGUGAAGAAGCAAAUGACAUUGAAACAGAUUUGCAAUUGGCUGAUAAAAAUGAAGAACCGGAAGAAGAAAUAACCAAAGAAAUAUCUAAUGUACCAGCAUUUGAAAGAAUAACGGUUGUAUCACCUUCAGUUGGGAAUAGAAUUAUUAAAUCUUUAACUGCAGGAUUGUUACCACAGUUAAAUCGUGCAAUAGGUAAAAUGACAGAACAUGAAGAGUCACAUAAGUUGAACCGGCGAAAGAUGGGAUUCUCUCGUCAGGAAGAGGACAUGGUGAGGGUGCCAAUAGCUUUGGCUCUGGUGAAACUACUGCAAAGACUACCGGGAGAUGUUUUAAAGCAUCAGUUGCCAGGAAUUAUCACAAAAUUAUGUUCAUUUUUAAAAUCUCCAUUAAAGCAAGUUAGAAUAGUAGCCAGAGAUAUUGUUAAAAAGAUUAUGUUAACCGUUGGUACUUCAUACAUUGGUGUAUUCCUUGAACACCUCACUUUAUUACUUACAAGAGGUUUUCAAGUUCACGUAUUAGUUGCAACAAUACAUUCAAUAUUAGAUGCAUUAAAAACUGAAUUCAAAGCCGGUGAUUUAGAUGAUAAUUUAGAUUAUAUACUAAACGUAUGUACAAAUGAUUUAUUCGGUUCAUUAUCAGAAGAGAAAGAAGUUGAUAAAUUACAUUAUAAAACACCAGAAGCGAAACCUAGCAAGAAAAGUUAUGUCACGUUAAUGAUUGUAUCACAGAAUAUAACACAGAGAUGUUUAAUUAAUCUAUUAAUGCCAUUUAAAGAUGUAUUACAAAAGCAUCAAUCGAAGAAAAUCGUUUUAAAAGUACAAGAAGCAUUAAUGCACGUAUCUACAGGUUUGGUUACAAAUAAAUUUAUUGAUAUCGAAUCGUUAUUCAUAUUUUUACAUGGUAUAGCUUCGGAGAAUAUUCCCGAAUUCGUUUUAGGAGUUCCUAAAAGAAAAAUAACUGAUAAACAAAAAGAAAAGAUGUUAGAAGUGAAACCUGAUUGUUUUAUUAUACCCGAAAUACCGAAAAGAAAUAAAGAAUCUCAAGCGAGACUUGUUAAGACAUCUAGUAAGGCAAAUGCUCACGUUUUAGUUGAAUUUAGUUUGAAUAUACUUUAUAUUAUAUUGAAAAGAGAAAAAGUAUCGAGAAUGGAAUGUCGUACGUUUGUAGAUGCAUUAAUACCUUUAUUAGUAGAUUCAUUGAAAAGUGAACAUAUAAAAGUGUGUACUGUUGCAAUGAAAUGUAUCACGACUUUAUGGACAAUUAGGGUAAGCACAACAACAUUAGAAGAAAUGAUACAAGAUAUUGUGAAGACGAUAUUUUUGAUAUUACAUAAAUAUGCGACGUUUGAAAUAAGCAAACAGAAUGAUAACUAUCAUUUAGUGAGGAAUGCUUUUAAGGCGGUUACAAUGUUAAUACGUAAUGUAAAAUAUUAUAAAUUAGAAGCUGAUCAAUUGAAAACUUUAUUACUUUACGCGGAAGAAGAUUGCCAGAGUGACGAGAAACAGGCGAAUUCGUUUGCUUUAUUAAAAGCUAUUUUAGAAGGAAGACUUGUAUCACCAGAGUUGCACGAAGUUAUGGAGAAAGUAUCCAAGAUUUGUAUAUUAAGUGAAUCAGCAAGAUCAAGAGACGAAGCCCGUGGACUAUUCGUAAAUUACCUAACACAUUAUACGCCGGGCAAACGUAUGGACAAAUACAUAGAAUUCUUCGUGACUCAAUUGAACUACGAGCUGCAGCACGGCAGAGAGUCUUCGCUCAAGUUUAUUGCUAUGAUAAUAAAUAAACUUAAUCCGGCACAAUUAACAAAGUUCAGUGAAUAUAUAUUCCUAGCACUGGGCGCGUGUAUGGUGAACGAUCCAGCGCCGGAAUGCCGCGCCUCGGCCGCUGACUGCAUUGAAGCUAUGCUCAACAAACUCCCUUCAACUCAGAAGAAUAAAUUAUUUGAUCUGGUGCUGGCUUUCUUUCAGGAUAACCAGCCAGUACAUUUUGAAUUAGCAUCUCAAUUAGCAACAAGAUUUGUUAACGUUGAACAAGAACAAUUUAAAACCCGUCUUAAUUCGAUACUACCGCUGGUUAGCGGCAAAAUAAUGCUAUUAAGUAACGAAAAUACUGAAGGACAAUUCGUCAAGAUAAAACUAGAUCAAGGCGAUAAAUCAGAUGAAGAGAAACAAAAAGAAAGAGAUCACAGUUUAAUACAAAUGUUGAACUUUAUAGAAAAAAUAACCAUCCAUUGCGCGUCUAGUUUGAAGGAUGAUAAUUUCUUUAGUGAAUUUGAUGAGAUCGCGGAGCAAUGUAAAGUGUUAUUGGCGUAUCCUCACGCGUGGGUUCGUAUGAGAUGUGCCAGAAUACUGGGAAAGAUACUUUUGUCUGUUGAUGUUGGGCAUUUGGAUAUGAUUGUGAAAAAGAAGUUGGAAAGUGAUAGAGGAUUUAUUUAUUACGAAACUGAGGCCUGCUUGAGGAGUUUGAUAUUAGAUUUGUGCGCACAAUACACGCCUAAUGUCAGUAAAGAUAUGGCGGACGUGGUAACCGAUGUUAUGUUUUUAAUAUUAAAACUGAUUCAUACGAUGUCAUCAUUUCAAUUAUCAAACAAAGUAGACUCUGACGAGACGGAGUCAGACAGCGCAAAAGUUAACAUCCGAUGGAUAUUAUUCAAGUUACGAAGAGCUAUUAACGCUGAAGUGGCUAGAGCGGCCACUUCUAUGAAUAUUAGAUCAGCAAUCUUCACAAUGUGGUUACAUGUGAUAAGUUUCUUAGAGGCUGACGACGUUAAUAAAGUGAUUGACGUGAUACUGCCGCCGAUUGUUCGAGAACUUUCUACGGGUGACGCGGCGACACCGGCGACUGUUGCUAAGCAACUGGCGGGGAGACUCGGCAAGAAGUUGAGGAGGAAGAUCGGCGAUAUUGAAUAUAGUAAAUUGGUAGCGGAGGCACAAACCAGACUGAACAUAAGACGAGCUGAAAGGAAAAAGGUUAUUCUACAAGAAAAAGUACACAAUCCAGAAAAGGCGGCAAAGAGAAAGUUACAGUUGAAGGAAAAGAAAAAACAAGCUAAAAAAAUAAAACUGGACACGAUACAUGGGAAGAGACCGAAAGCUAGAAAGAGAAAGAUGGAAGACAUAGACAUAGAAGAAAAAUUACUACAGGAUGAUUAAAAUUUUAGAAUAUUCUAUUAUUUUUUUAUUACAUGUAAAUAUUAGAUUUAAGUUAC